AUGUCUCGUGGAAGCAGUGCCGGUUUCGAUCGUCAUAUUACAAUUUUUUCACCGGAAGGACGUGUGUAUCAAGUUGAGUAUGCGUUCAAAGCCAUCAACUCGACCAAUUUGACAGCUGUUGCUGUGAAGGGUAUCGAUACAGCAGUAAUUGCUGUGCAGAAGCGUGUUCCUGACAGCCUUAUCGUGGCAGACUCCGUAACUUCAAUCUACCAAUUAUCACCAACUGUUGGAUGCUGUGCUAUUGGUAUGAUUCCGGACUGCAAGUUCCAGGUUCGGCGCGCUCAGUUAGAAGCAUCUCAAUGGAAGUACCUUAACGGGUAUGACAUGCCAUGUGAACUACUGGCGAAGAAAAUGGCCGACAAAAAUCAGUACUACACUCAGAACGCUGAAAUGAGAAGUCUUGGAUGCGCUAUGAUUAUGAUCUCAUAUGAUGAUGAAGAUGGAGCUGUCGUUUUCAAGGUAGACCCAGCUGGGUACUAUCGUGGAAUGAAGGCUGUCUCGGUAGGAGUGAAACAGGUCACCGCCUCUUCAUUCCUCGAAAAGAAAAUCAAGAAGAAGGCGGAUUUGAAUCACGACGAAACGAUUCAAUUGGCUAUCGAGGCUCUUCAGAGCAGCCUCGGAAUUGAGACUCGCUCGAAAGAUCUCGAAGUUGUGGUAGUGUCGAAGAAGGACCAAACCUUCAAGAAGCUGACGAAUGACCAGGUAGAUCAUCAUCUGAAUGCGAUCGCGAACAGAGAUUGA